AUGUCCUCUACAAUCCCCGCCGAGGAUGACGCUAUUGACCAAAACUCCACCUUGCCAUGCACCAUCUCCUCAAUUCAGGUCCUCAAUGCUCAUCACACGCGCAGGGGUUUCCUCGAACGCAUAUUUGACCCAGUGCUGAGCACUAACCAAAAAAGACCCUACACCCUGUCUGAGGCUUUGCGGGAAGUCUCGGCACGCGCGGACAAACUCGGCAGAUUCGACCUCUUCCAGCAACCUAUUUCAGUGUACCUGGACCAGUCACCCGAAGUCGAUGCCCGGACAGGUUUGCCGAAUCUCAAUGUUUACGUCUCGGUGAAGGAAAAGUCACGCGUGCUGCUCAAGACCGGAACAGACCUUGGGAACACGGAAGGGUCUGCUUACGGUAACCUCCUGUGGCGCAAUGUGUUUGGUGGUGCCGAAAACCUAAAUCUCAAUGCCUCCCUGGGAACUAGAACGAGAUCCGCUUACCAAGCUACGUUUGAGACGCCCAUUCUCAGCGACCCCGACUUCCGGUUUGAGAUUGGCGGACUUGCCAGCUCCACCCAAAAGUCAUGGGCUAGUCACGAAGAGGUAUUGAAGGGUGGUUGGGGUAAACUCCGCUGGUUGAGCCAGUCCGGACAUCGCCACGAGGCUGGCUACAACGGCUUCUGGAGACAGAUGACCAGCCUGGCUGAGAACGCUUCCUCCACGAUUCGAGCAGAUGGCGGGGACAGCGUCAAGAGCAGCAUCUUCCACAGCUGGGCCAAGGAUGGACGAGACAAUCCCCUUCUCCCGUCCCGUGGAUAUUAUGCCAAGACAUUCAACGAGCUGGCCGGAUUGGGAACUUUGAAGGGGGAUGUCUCUUUCUGGAAAUCCGAAAUCGAAACGCAGGGCGCAGUACCGAUUCCGAUCCCAGGCGUCAAAGGCGACAGCGGCAUUUCCUUUACUGCGGGGUUCCGCGCUGGGCUUCUUUACCCCCUUGGAGUUGGUUCGGAUUCAAAGCCGCAACUCUCCCGUACCAAUGAUCGCUUCCUUCUUGGAGGGCCGACGGACGUUCGGGGAUUCCGUCUCUGCGGCCUCGGACCUCAUGAUGGGGCAGACGCCGUCGGAGGCGACGUCUAUGCAGCAGGAAGUGCCAACUUGCUCCUUCCACUCCCUCGUGUUGGCGCCGAGAAGCCCCUGCGCCUGCAGGCCUUUGUGAAUGGUGGCCGGUUGCUGCCUCUACGCACUGCUCAGAAGAACGCGCCCACCACGAAUGCCGAGGUGAGUGAUGCGGUCACGUCGACAAUCUCCGAGUUAGGAAAUGGCCUGCCCAGUAUCGCCGCGGGAGUUGGGCUUGUGUACGCCCAUUCAGUCGCCAGGUCACCUGCUGUCAGUCUUGCGAUCCCCGAAUUGUUGCCAGUUCAACAACUUGCCUUAUCGGCCUUCCCCUACUUCCUCGUUCUCAUUGUAUACUCAUCAACCAUCUUGGCUACAAUGGCCCAAUACUACCCGCAGCAACAGCCCUACGGCGCCCAGGCCUCCGCACAAAAUCUCCAGUUCUACCCUUCCUCGUACACCUCGGCUUCCGGUCAUACUACACCCUCUCAGGCAUCCUAUGGCGGCUUCGGUGCUGCCCCGAAUCCAGGUGCGCCGGCGUAUCCCAUGGGAAGCGUUGGUAGCAGCUAUGGCGGUUUUGGAUCUCCAACCCCUGGAGUCAGUGGGAGGAUGGGCGAACAGAGUGGCCUGCGAACCGGCUGGCUGGCUGCUUUUGGGACGGAGGGAUAUGACGGCGAGCCCCCGUUGUUAGAAGAACUGGGGGUGAAUUUCGAACAUAUUCGUACAAAGGUCAGCUCGGAUCUUCCAACGAGGAAAUGUGAGAGGCAACACAUUGAUGAAUGGCGAAGAAAACUGACUCAAAAUCCUGCUCACCAGACUUCGACCGUGCUUAAUCCUUUUGCCCGCAUCGAUCAGCAUCUCAUGGACGACAGCGAUCUCUACGGCGCGCUCCUCUAUAUCGUCCUCUACGGAACGUUUCUUCUUUUUUCGGGGAAGGUAUUUUACGGCUAUAUCUACGGCGUGGCCGUCUUCGGGACCGUUGCUUUGCAUCUUAUCCUCAGUCUUAUGUCUCCGGCCCUCGACACCGCGCCCACGCCCAACGCCGAGCACCCUACAAACUACGACUCCCAUCAUAAACCCACCCUGUCCGACGCUUCAGCUGCUGGUCACUUCUCCGCUACCCUUACCUUCCCUCGCUCGGCCAGCGUCUUGGGCUACUGCUUCUUGCCGCUAGUUCUGACCAGCUUGCUCGGAAUCGUCAUCCCUAUGGACUCCAUGCUAGGGUACCUCUUAACGACAGCGGCCGUGGGCUGGUGUACCUUCAGCUCCUCGGGGAUGUUCUGCGCUGUUGCGCGCAUGCGGGGGAUGAGGGGCCUCGUUGCAUAUCCGCUGGCGCUCUUCUACGUCGUUUUUGGUAUCAUGGGCAUCUUUUCUUCGCGGGGGAGUGGCACUCUGGCAGCUAAGACAGGUGCUGUUUAA